GUUUCCCCGUCUAUAGUAUACAACUCUAUUAUGGGAAAGGGAAAAAGAAAACAAAGGAAAAAGAAAACAAAGAAACAAGGAAAAGUCACCACAAACAGGGGGAAAAGUUUUCGAUCUCAUUGGAAGCACCUCGAAGCCUGUAUUCUCAGUGGUGAAGCUAUAGAAGGCAAGUGUCGGUUGUCCCUCACUAAAGUUCUAGAAUCCUCUCCUCGCCGCGGUCCCGCCCAAGAGCUCCCUCUCACCACCUUAUUCCACCUCACAAGAUAAAAAAAUCCCUUUAUUUUCUGUCUGUCACACGUCACUCGAUUCCCUUUUCUCUCUCUCUCUCUCCUGCACCCUACUAAAGCUACAGCUUAGGUAACUGACAUAUAAUGCACAUGUCUGGCCCUGUGACCCGUGCCUCUCUCCUCAACAUUCUCCUCAACCCACUUCUUACCACAUCCACACCCACCCGCGCAUUGGCGAUCAGUACGCCACGAUUCCAAUUCCAUCUCCCUAGUCAUCCGCAUUGCUUCGCUACUCAUCUUUACCGUCACCAUAACACUAGUUUCUGCUCAACGAUGUCGACGGCCACUUCCUCGGAGCCUCAGACUACGGGCACCGCCACCCUCUCUGAAAAUCAGGAGCGGAAAGAAUACCUGGCUCUUCCGGAUGCAAAUAGUGUCGACUCUGCGACGCGACAGCUCGACGUCAGUGGUGAUGGGUCAUCCGUGAAGCUGGACCAUCUAGGCCCGUUGGUCGUCAACCAGGAUGGAACACUAUCGAGAAUCUCCAACUGGGAGCAAAUGACCGAGAUCGAGCGGACAAAUACAUUGAGAGUCUUGGGCAAGCGGAACAAAUUGAGGAUUGAUGCUAUCAAAAAGGAACAGAACCAGGGACAGGAAAACUAGGUAGUCUCACAACUGGCACCGAAAAGAGACAAUUCGGUCGCGCCGGCUGCUGGAGGGCGAUUCUGCGAAUCGUAAUGUCUUGUGCUGUUGUUAUAUGCCUUCUACACCGGUUGAAUAAUUUACAGGGACGCAUUGCCGGACCGCGCGUCACAUUCACAACUAGAUCUUGAUCAUAUAUCUCCCGCCUGGAGCAAUAGAACACAUCAUCUUUGCCACCUCUCUUUAGUCCAACGAUGCA